AUGUGAGCGGCGGGCGAUGCGGCUGCCCGGGCGGGAUGCGAUCGGCCGCGGCUCGGCGGGGGAGGCCGCGCUGCUGAGCCGGAGGAGGCGGCGGGCGCUGCUCUAAACUUGGACCAAGUUGGGGAACGGGCGGCCCCGCGCUCCCCCGAGGGGGGAGUCGCCUGGUUUUUUUUCCGGGAUUUGGGGUUUUUUGGUUUUGGUGUUUUUUGUUGGUUUUUUUUUGAAGGAAGGACAAGGAGGGGGCAAGUCCCCGAGAGCCGCGGCGCUGAGAGCCCGUCACCAUGUGUCUGUAAAAACAAUAGGGCAAAAGUUGUCGGACCUUCUUUUUUUUUUUUUCUUUUUCUUUUUUUUUUCUUCCUUGGUUUUGAAUUUUUAAAUUUUUUAAAUCUUAAUUUAUAUAUUUUUUUCUUUUGUGGCCGGUGGCCGGGCCCCCCAAAUCCCAACAAAGCCAGGUGUAGUGUGCCUGUAAAGCUGUGGAAUAACCCGGAGCAGGACUGACACUUUCCCUACUUUUUGGUGGUUUUGGAGGGUCACACACGUGUGAGACAAUAAAGCACUUUGGCAGAAGAUUCCUCUCUUUUUAUUUUGAUUAUUUUUUUACUUUUUUUCCCCCCCUUGGAAUAUUGUGAACAUAUUUGUGGCCAUUUAAGGUUUGUGUGAUUUUGCUAAAAUGCAUCACCAACAGCGAAUGGCUGCCUUAGGGACGGACAAAGAACUGAGUGAUUUACUGGAUUUCAGUGCGAUGUUUUCACCUCCUGUGAGCAGCGGGAAAAAUGGACCAACUUCCUUGGCAAGUGGACAUUUUACUGGCUCAAGUGUAGAAGACAGACCUAGCUCAGGGUCCUGGGGGAACGCAGGACAUCCGAGCCCAUCCCGGAACUAUGGAGAUGGGACUCACUACGACCACGUGGCGGGCAGAGACCUCGGCUCACACGACAAUCUCUCUCCUCCCUUUGUCAAUUCCAGAAUACAAAGUAAAUCAGAACGAGGCUCGUACUCGUCCUACGGGCGGGAUUCCAACCUCCAGGGCUGCCACCAGCUUUUUCCAGAGGAAAAAGUCGGGAUGAGGAAGCCAAAGCUCCGUGGGCAGAGCCUGCUGGGAGGGGACAUGGAGCUGGCCACGCCCGGGGCGCUGUCCCCCAGCAAGCCGGGCUCCCAGUUCUACCAGUACGGGGGCAGCGCGCGCCGGAGACCCCUGCACGGCUCCUCCAUGGUUCAGACAAAAAAAGUCCGGAAGGUUCCGCCGGGUUUGCCGUCCUCCGUGUACGCUCCGUCCGCCAGCCCGGCCGAGUUCAGCCGCGACUCGGCCGCCUUCGCCUCCAAGGGCGGCGCCGCCUUCGCCGGCUCCUUCUUCGUGCCAGAUGGGCACCACAGCAGCGAGCCCUGGAGCUCCUCCAGCGGCGUGAGCCCGGCCGGCUUCUCGGGGAUGCUGGGCAACGCCUCGCACGCCCACCUGGGCCAGGCCGGCAGCUACUGCAGCCUGCACCCCCACGAGCGCCUGGGCUACCCGGCGCACUCGUCGGCCGAGCUGAGCUCGGCGCUGCCCCCGAUGUCGUCGUUCCACCGCGGCUCCAACGCCUUCGGCUCCUCCUGCACGCCCCCGGCCAACGGCGCCGAGCCCCUGCUGGGUGAGCCACGAGUGCCGGAAACACGCGGCAAACACGCGGCAAACACGCGGCAAACACACGGGAAACGCGCGGGAAACACGCGGCAAACGCGCGGGAAACACGCGGGAAACACACGGGAAACGCGCGGCAAACACACGGGAAACACGCGGGAAACACACGGCAAACACACGGGAAACGCGCGGCAAACACGCGGCAAACACGCGGCAAACACAUGGCAAAAAGGCUGGGAGAAUGACAAAAAAUUCCCAAAACAAUCGGUGAAAAUUUGGGAAAAAAUGGUGGGAAAAUCGCAAAAAAAUCGCAAAAUUUUUGUAAAAAAUCCCUGAAAAAUUCCCAAAAAAUGCCAGAAAAAUCCUGGAAAAUUCAGGAAAAAUUCCAGUAAAUUACAAGAAAAAGUCAGGGAAAAA